UUACGAGCUAGUCGUCCAAAUUUCGAUGAAAUUGCACAAAAACAACUUGCACCUAAGCAAGCUGUCUUCUCGGAGACCCUAUACAUCGCACACGUGUUGGCGUUGGUGCAUACUACUGCAUACUGCAUUGUUUACAUAGUUCGAUGCACUCGCUAAGUCCGAAGUCGCUUCCUCGCUCUAGAAAAAUAUUAGCAAUGCGAUAACCUAAUUACAGUGUAUCAAGGCAACGUAAUAGUCCAGUAGAUCUAAUGGCUAUUUGCGAGAUAAAAAAAAUAGCCGCCGGCUGCUGUUCACCUCCAGAAGCCGCAGGCAGGAUGAGGCUCGUCAGCUUUGUAGGAAUUUUGUUGCUCUUGGAAGUUUGCUCGCUCAAUGCAAUCGAUGAACAGAAACUUGGCGGUCCCGAUAGCUUUCCCUUGAUAGUCAUCACGUGGAAUUAUACAGAUGCGACGAAAAAAGCAUGGGAUGUGAUAUAUAAUCAGAAGAGAAGCGCUUUGGACGCGAUAGAGGAAGGAUGUUCCCUGUGCGAGGAGCAGCAAUGCAGAAAGACCGUGGGGUUCGGCGGCAGUCCAGAUGAAGCUGGAGAAACUACGCUGGACGCUCUCAUCAUGGAUGGAGUGCUGAUGGACGUAGGCGGAGUAGGAGGCUUGCGGAACGUGAAGAGCGCCAUUUCGGUCGCUCGCAAGGUGCUGGAGCACACGAAGCAUUCCCUUCUGGGUGGGGACCUGGCUACGGAUUUCGCUGUGAAUAUGGGAUUCAAGAAGGAGUCCCUGCAAACGAACGAGUCCAAAGAAAUGUGGACGCAGUGGAGGGCGAACAAGUGCCAGCCCAACUUUUGGAGGAACGUCGUACCGGAUCCAACAACCGCCUGUGGACCAUAUCGCGCGAGUGACGUAGAAGAGGACGGAAGCAUGCCAGUGGGAAGCGAGGAAAAUCAUGAUACCAUCGCUAUAGUCGCGAUAGACUCGCAGACACGUAUAGCAGCUGGAACGUCCACGAAUGGCGCCAAGCAUAAAAUCCCCGGUCGCAUCGGGGACUCUCCUAUUGCGGGAGCUGGGGCGUACGCCGAUCAGGACGCCGGUGCGGCAGCCGGUACCGGCGACGGAGAUAUUAUGAUGCGAUUUUUGCCGAGCUUUCUGGCGGUGGAGGAGAUGCGUAAUGGAGCAACGCCGAGUGCAGCUGCUAAGAAGGCGAUUAACAGAAUCGCCCAACAUUAUCCUAACUUCUUCGGCGGGGUGAUCGCGUUGAAUAGAAAGGGAGAAUAUGGAGCAGCGUGUAACGGAAUGGCCGCGUUUCCUUAUUACGUUGCGAAUCCCACUUUGGGUCCUAAAUUACUUGCGGUUCAAUGCAGUAACUAUAAUCCAGAGCAAUAGAAACAAAACUUGCUAAUGUUUGUUCAAACUUCAGUGAUACAAAGCAACGUACAAUACUAAGCAUUCUAAUGAUAUAAGUGUAAAUGUUAUAUUGUUACUUGGAAAUGUCCUAGUUAUUAAAUAAAGAAAACCAAAAACCCUGUAUAAAAAAAGGAUUCAUAAAUGCAGUUUAAUGUGAAA